AGGAGGGAUGCUGUGAAAGCAAAAGACUGCAGCAUCUUCAGCCGGAGAAGCAGUCUCAACGUCGCCUUUUCUCCCUCCGUCGCCCCACCACGGGGUGUCUGCAUGCGCGCUCCUGACAACCACGCACGGAUCCUUUUCUCUUGCGCCGCUCCUUCAUCAUCUUCCGUCUUCUUCGUCUUUUUUUUUUUUUGUUUAGUUUUUUUGAUUCGGCAGAGGCGCGCACCUCGCACCUUGUCGUGUGUACACGUGCACGCGCAGCGCAACGACUCGCCGCUUGAUGGAAGACUGACGUCUCGUGCACGCGCCUCACCAGCCCAGCCUCGAUCCUCUCCUGGAAUCUUCUCUCUCUCUCUCCCCCCUCCCUCCCUCCUCCCCCCCACCCCCUCCAUCUUUGUGUCUAACGCCGAUAUCGCGGACACGCGCACGCGCGCUCGAUCUACACUCCUCCGAGGACUCGCCCGCGCGCGCGCGGCCACGCUGCGUCAAGAGCGCCAUAGCCGAGCAAAAAGCGAAAGGGGGGGGGUUUAAUCAUCCGAGAGCAAACAUGAUGGCCGGCGGAGCAGUGCAGCAGAACGGCCUCUUCGCCACCCCGCUCCACCACAACCAGCAGGCGCCCCACAUGGAGGCCGACCCGCCGGACUCGCGCAAAAGACCCCUGGAGACCCCCACCGAGGCCGGCAGCACCAAGCGCACCAACACGGGAGUGGCCUUCCUGCAGCCCCUUUUUGAAAGUGAAGGCAUUGUUUUCCCAGACCAAGAAACUGAGAGCCAUGAGGAAGGCGAGUACUUUCUCAAGGUUCUGAUUCCCAGCUAUGCGGCCGGCUCCAUCAUCGGCAAGGGAGGACAGACCAUCGUCCAGCUGCAGAAAGAGACGGGAGCCACCAUCAAGCUGUCCAAAUCCAAAGACUUCUAUCCCGGCACCACAGAGCGCGUGUGUCUGGUCCAAGGCACGGUGGAGGCGCUGAACGGCGUUCACGACUUCAUCGCCGAGAAAGUGCGAGAGAUGCCUCAAAGCAGCCAGAAGUCCGAACCUGUCAGCAUCCUGCAACCUCAAACCACCGUCAACCCCGACCGCAUCAAACAGGCCAAGCUGAUCGUCCCCAACAGCACGGCGGGGCUGAUCAUCGGGAAGGGCGGCGCCACCGUCAAGGCGGUGAUGGAGCAGUCGGGCGCGUGGGUGCAGCUCUCCCAGAAGCCCGAGGGCAUCAACCUGCAGGAGCGCGUGGUCACCAUCAGCGGCGAGCCGGAGCAGAACCGCAAAGCGGUGGAGAUCAUCGUGCAGAAGAUCCAGGAGGACCCUCAGAGCUCGUCCUGCCUCAACAUCUCCUACUCCAACAUCACCGGCCCCGUCGCCAACUCCAACCCGACCGGCUCGCCGUACGCCAACUCCACCGAGGUCAUGCCGUCGGCCGCGGCGGCGGCGGCGGCCACGGCGUCAUCCUUGCUGGGCCAGGCCGGCCUGGCUGGGGUGGGCGCCUUCCCGACCACCAUGUCCAGUUUGUCCGGCAACGACCUGCUGACCAUCACGUCGGCUCUCAACACGCUGGCGAGCUACGGCUACAACACCAACUCGCUGGGUCUGGGCCUCAACCCCGCCGCCGCGUCAGGGGUGCUCGCCGCCGUGGCCGCCAACGCCAACCCGGCGGCGGCGGCCGCAGCUAACUUGUUAGCGUCCUACGCCAACGACGCUUCCACCAGCGCCGGCCACCCGGCCGCAGGGCUGGGGGGGUUCUCCUUGGGCUCGCUGGCCGCCGGCGCCACCAACGGCUACCUGAGCGCCGCCUCGCCACUGAUGGCGUCGUCGCUGCUGGCCACGGAGAAGCUGGCGGAGGGAGCCAAGGAAGUGGUGGAGAUCGCCGUGCCGGAAAAUCUGGUGGGAGCCAUCCUGGGAAAAGGAGGGAAGACGCUAGUGGAGUACCAGGAGCUGACCGGCGCCAGGAUCCAGAUCUCCAAGAAAGGCGAGUUCAUCCCCGGGACUCGGAACAGGAAGGUCACCAUCACGGGCUCGCAGGCGGCCACGCAGGCGGCGCAGUACCUGAUCAGCCAGCGGAUCACCUACGAGCAGGGGGUGCGCGCCACCAACCCCCAGAAGGUGGGCUAACGCUGACAGUGAGGACGGGGGGGGGGGGGGGGGAAAGAGGCGGGGCUCGGGGGAGGAGCUUAGAGCACGAAUGUCAGACGGCGGCUUUUUUUCCUCUGCGUCUUUUCAGUAUUCGCCACUACAAAAAAAAAAAAUGUGCUGAGACGGCGAGGGGGAGGAGUUUACACGCUGGAAAAAAAAAAAGGUGUAAAAUGUAAAUAAGUUUUAUUACUUAACGUCUUUCUGGAUUUGUUCUGUUUUAAUGUUUGAUUUGGUAACUUAAGAUGUUGAAUGACAGGAAGUAGGAGGGGGAGGGGACGGCGUGGACCCCGUCCCCUCCCCCCUCCCCGACACCCCCGCCCUCUCUUUUUCUUUCUCCCCUUCUAGCCCUGCCCCGCCCCCUUAACCAGGGCGGGGUGACUGCAAAGUUGACAGGCGCGCACGCGAGGAAACGCAACGUCAGCGCCGCCGUCCCCUCGCGUGCGCGCGACGGCCACCCCUCGCCCCCCUUACCCCCCACCCCCGUGACGCACGCCGAUGACCUCACGUAGCGCGCCAGCUGGCUAGCUGGGAUGGACGCACGCGACGGCGGCGUGACCGCAUAUUUAUUACCGAGGAGUUCACGUCUCUGUCAUCUUGAAUGUAAAAUGUGUUUUAAUUUAAAAGGUUGGACUGCAGAUGUCUAAUAUAACGAUGUCUUAUUUAAGAGGGGGCGCCACCUGGUGUUUGAGCAGGGAACAACACUGGCAGCCUCGAGCAGCAGCAGCGCCAUGUUGACCCGUGUCCCUAAAUGGGGAGCAAUAGCACUUAGGACUAACUACUGACACGCGCCAACACUGGAAGGCGGCGAGGGGGGCGGAGCCUCGGGAGAUAGGCGGACGCCAAGCCGCCCGACAUGCUGUUUAUUUUCUUUUGUGAUUGUCCUGUUGUUGUUGUUGUUGUUUUGUUUUUUUUACAGUCGCAGUACACUGAAUCUUUGUCUUAAUGCACUGUGAAGCGAGGGGGCGGGGCCUCGCCGCCUCCGAAGCGAGGGGGGGGCGGGGUUUGAUGUCAGGGACGCAAACUGGAUGACUUUUGUAUGGCAGGGAACACGUCUUGACAUUUCUAUAGGAAAAUUUACAGCGAAGGCCAGGGAUGCAAUGAACGACCUCGCGCAGGACAGAGGGUCAAGGGGCGGCGGCCUGUUGGGGGUCAAAGGUCACCCGGGCGGGGGGGUUUGUCGCAAAAGGAUUCCGGGUAUUUUUCCGUAAAAGUCCAAAUUGAAGUGUGAUGGAACGUAAACCAAAAAGUGGAGGAGGGGUGCGUUUGAUUUGCUCGCCCACAGGAGGGCGAGGGCGGGGUGGUGGCGGGGGGGUAUGGCUCCUCCUCCUCCUCCUCCGAAGCAAUGUGGCCCGAAUUGGCGGUGAUGGUGUCACAUGGCCAGCAAGGCUUUCUGGUAAGGAGGCUUCUUUACUCCAUCUUUAACUCCAUACACCCUUUCCCCUUCCCCAACGCACCCCCCCCCCAUCCUGACUCCGCCUCCUCCUACCACAUCGCUCCAUGGGUGGCCAUGAUGCAUGUCCUCCUCUUCUUCUGCUGCUGCUGCUGCUGCUUCUCCUGGGGAGACGCUAGAGGAAGUCAAGUUGUUGUUGUUGUUGUUGUUGUGUCGUCAUGGCGACCACAGGAAGCCUGCCGCAGUAUUUUAGAUGUUGUGUAGACAGUUUUGGAGCCAGGAAGUGGCCCCCCCCGCACUUCCUGCGUGGCUCCUGUUGGGGGGACGGGGGCAGCGUUGUCGUUCCUACGAGUCCUGGAAGCAAUACUUGUCGUCUCGUCCUUCUCCGCGCUUUCCGAGUAGCCGUAGGAUGUUUGUGCUCCUCCUUUUGUUUGCUGGGAAACGCUGAAAAAGUCAAAAGAAAUAAAAAAAAGACAUAUCCAUUUCUAGCCGGAAGUCGCCGACCACAGCUUGAAAAGUUGGCGCCGUGCCAAAAAGGAGCUCUCCUCGAUUUGAUACCGCAGACGUACUUUUAUAUACGAGGAAAAUGUGAAAAAAGUGCCAAAUGACGCGUAUUUAUCAUUUGUAGAAAGCGCACUCUGGCUCCGAUAGCGAUAGCUUAGCAUUAGCAUCACAAUGCUGACGAAAAUGUGACGACUUAAAACUUUUUUAUAGGGACGAGGAAGAUGUAUUUUGUGGAAAUAGAUGUUCACUUUUUUUUGCACGUAUAUAUACAUAUAAAUAUAUAUAUUGCAUGACGUCAAGUGUGGACUUAAAAAAAAAACAAAAAAAAACAUGAAAAAAAUAAUUAGGCUGUGUUAGUUCAUUGUCACGCGUGGGGGGGGGCGGAGUCACGGAUAAAGCGAACAAAAUAACCAAGAGAACAAAAAAAAAAUUAAUUGUUUUUGCACGUUUUUUCGUCCAUAAUAUUUGGGCGUGGUCGCUCGCGGUGACUCGGCUUCUGUUUUAUGCAAAUCAGUAUUGGCUCGUGGCGACACGCCCACUUCCUGUCACUCGCCAGUUGUUCUUUUCAAACGAACAAAAUUUUGUGCACUAAAAGCUGACGUGCAUUCAUUCCUUGGAUACCCCCCAACCCUUCUGCGGUGGGCGUGGCGUAAAUGUUGCCACCUGCCGUCGCCGUGGCAACCCCACCCCCACCACCCCCAGAUCAAAGGUGCGCGCCGCAAACCGAACUCGGCGCGUCUCUUCCGCAGCCCCUUUUUCUUUGUGUGUGUGUGUGUGUGUGUAUGUGUGAACGCCCCCCCCCCGACCCCCGACCCCCUGACCCCCCACACCUGAAGGGGGGGGGCGGGUCUAACGAACACCAGCAAGUAGAGCAUUUGUCACGUCACUGUUUCUUCUCCUCCUCCUUUAUUUUGCUGCUGGAUGACUAACGACCAGAUGCCAUUUUUGUGUGUGUAGCCUGUUUACCCCCCCACCCCCCCAUACACACACACACACACACACACACACUUCUUUGCACUUUCACUGCCCCCCUCCACCCCCUCCUCCACCCCCCCUCCUCCUCCAGUGCCAAACUCCAAGGACACUGAAAUGUGGGACAUCCAUCCCGGAGGCACCCAUGAAGCCAGCAUGCUCCGCCCCCUCAUAACAUGACGCCGCCGACCAACAGCACCUCCUCCUCUUCACCCCCACCACCCCCCACACACACACACCUCCACCAGGAUUAACCCCUCCCCCUCACCCCCCCUCUGUCAGGUGGCACCUGUCAGCGCCUCCAAAGCAACCGCCCGCUCAUGCCAGCUGCUUUCCUAACUCUUGUCAUCUUCUUCAGCCGUGGGACCUCAUUGAUCGUGUGCCAUAUUGUUGGGGGAACCUCUCACCCCCCCCCCUCUUUGUCCCCCUCCCCCCUCCAUCAUUUUUCCCGGAUGGGAAAGAUUCAUUUUUCUAACGACAAUUCUUCUUUUUUCCGCCCCCCUCGUUUGUUUGUGGCGACGCCAUGCCGAGUGUUGGCGCCAUCCUUGAACUGUUUGAACUUUCACCCCCCCCCCUCUCCCCCUCCUGUGUCCAUCCAGCUGUUUUGGGACAGUAACUCUUCAUUCCAUAUGCUCGCGCCCCCCCUCUCCGAAAAAAAAACAAACAAACAAAAAAAAAACUGUGCAAUGCUCGCUGAUGUGAUUUGAACUCUUUUGCUUUGUCGACUUAAAAAACAAACAAAAAGAUGCAGAAAAAAAAAACACUAAACUGUUUCCUCACGUUUUUUGUUCUCUCGUUGUAAAUAUUUUUGUUGGGGGGGGGGGGGGGGGGGGCAGCAUAAAGUUAGCUUGUUAGCUUGUAGCUGCUGUAUUCCCCAUUUAGCUCGCUGUAGUAGUAAUAAUAAUAAUAAUAAUAGGAGUCAUUGCCAGUCAUCGACCAGCGGGUGGCGCCACUGUCAAGACAUAUCACUCGCCCGGCUCAGGUGUGCGCGUCCGGAGGCGGAGCCUAACCUUUGUGCAAUACAGUCUGGUUUACAUGCACAUAUCUCUCAAAGUAUUACAACACGUGAGAUUUAGGAACGUGUCAUUUCUUCACCGCAUGGCUCUAAGCUCCACCCCCCCCCGCCCUGAUUUAUGCUGCCCGCCCCAUUUCCCCACACAUGAGCUAUUUAUUAUCAUUAUUAUCAUGACUCACGAAAUAACAAGAAGAAGGGAUACAAAAAAAAAAAAACCAGGGAAAGACUGGGGGGGGGGAAAAGGUGAAUAUUGUUUUUCUUUUAGUAUUAGUAGUUGCUUUUUAACAACAUUCAUUACCUGACGUAUUGAAUAUUUAAUGUCACUGUAGCAUUGUGUUUGUAAAGAAACUAGUGAGUUGUGUUUGUUGACUUGUGGAUUACCAGUGAAGUGGGCCAUUCUAGUUCUAACAAUAUCUAUGAGGUCAUUUUCUAAGAUUCUUAUUUUGCCACGGCAACAGCAGCCAUUAUAAAUGUUCAUUUUAGCAUCA